UUCUCCGGAGGCUUUCAUUUAUAAUGCAAUACAGAAUAUAGGUCAUAGGAGAAACUCAGUUCCAGGCUGAUAAUUUACAAACAGAACCUUAACUCCCAUUGCAGCACCUACUGCCAGAUUAUGCCAUCGACACUGUCAUCUGCUGUAUGUCAGCCCCAGUUUCCGGUCUAUUCUGUGAGAGAUGUUUCGCCUUUAACUCUAUCCUGCUGCCGUUAAGUUCGUGCUUUUUCCAUUUCGUCAUUUAAGUCAACAAACAAAUUGUUCUACGAUAAACUCGUUAUAAUUCAAGAGUGUAUCGAUUUCAAGAGAAGCAAAUUGUUCGCCUUUGAGGCCACUAAUUGCAGCGAUGGCGUUCAGAUGUACAAUGUAAACAGUGAUUACAUCAUUUUGCUAUAGGGGUAUGGCGCGGGUGAAAUAAGAACAACUUGUCAACUUAUGAGAUGUGAAUUUCUAUUUCGGUUUCAGUUAAUUUUGCUGGCUGGAAUAACUUACAUGAAAUCAUUCGUUGAGCUAUGAUUACAUACGUGCACAGUUUAAUUCAUGUCACGAGAAAGUUAAUUGAAACUUGACUUCCGUCGUAUGUUCCAGCUUUACAAACCAGCGCGAUGAAAGUUAUGGCCAGGCUGUGUCGGAACGUCCUAAACGUCAAAUGUCUCAAGUAUGUGGUAAUGACGCUUACCGUAUGGACGACUAUGAUGAUAGGUUUCUACGCCAAAUCCUGGGGCAUAACUAUGAUGUCACUGUUGGAGUGGGAACAGAUCGAGAGCCAGUCUGCGCUGCCAAAUACGAAGCAGAAAUGCAUUCACCCUCAACUUCUCAUCAACGACUCGACCAUGACGCGUCACCUCCGCACAUUGUCCCCAGAGAAGUGCCCCGACGAGCUCGAGUGGGUGUACGUGGAAAACGGCACCGUCCGCUUCACAAAACUGGCCGUGUCGCGCUUCAAAGGCAUGAGCUGCAGUUUCAUCCCACUCUAUCGAGACGGGGACUACAACGUGAAAUGGGGCAGACCUAUCUUGAACAUUAAAAAUGGCUUCAGGAUACCAACAGACUUUUUUCGGAUAUACUGCUCAUCCGUGUCCCGCACCUUCAACGGGCUGUUCGCAGGCGUCGCACACACCGAGGAGAGGGCGGAGAGGAAGGAUCUGCCCAUGGAUGAAGGUUUCGGUGGGCUGGGCAUCGCUAUCCUGGGAUUCGAUUCUAUGUCAAGGAUGUCGUGGCUAAGGCGCUUGAAGAAGACCAGAGAGUAUUUUCACGGUGAACUCGGAGCCAUUGAGCUGGAAGAACAUAACGUACUUGGAGACGGGACCACUGCAGUGAUGUUUCCCAUGCUGACGGGCAAGUUUGAAUGGGAGCUGCCAGAUGCAAGGCGAUUUUUCCCAAACGCCAGCACCCUGGAUGACUUCCCCUUUAUUUGGAACGAUCUGAAGAAAUAUGGCUACCUGACGUCUUGGUGCAACGCAGAGAACAUUACCGCCCCCUUUAACUGGAGGAUGCUAGGCUUCAAAAAUCAGCCGACAGACUUUUAUUCCAGGCCGUUCUUCAUGGUGGCCAAACCUUACCAAGUGUACGUCGGGAGGUCCAGGAAAUUGAAAAUGAAAAAAUACUGCAUCGGGUCUCGGACCUACAGCCAGGUCUGGCUCAAUUACUUCAAAGAUAUUUUUGUUUCCUAUCCCAACAAGCGAAAGUUUCUUCUACACUUCCUGGUGGAUAUGUCUCACGACGACAACAAUUUGAUUACAAUGAUGGACUUGGAUAUUAGAGAUGUUGUGAAGUUCUUGUACGACAAUAAUUACCUUAACAACACACUGCUCAUUCUGAUGGGAGACCACGGCGCCAGGUACGACAAAGCAAGGCUCACCUGGGCUGGGAAAAUGGAAGAGAGAAUACCUUACUUCUCCCUCCUCUUUCCGAAAUGGUUUCAGAAGAAAUACCCAGAAGCCAUGGCCAACGUGCGCAAAAACUCGAAACGUCUCACGACCCCGUUUGAUUUAUACGAGACGUUCCGAGACUUCAUUCACUUCACCGGAACUGGAGAUGGAGAUGUCAGCCGCAGAGGUAUAAGCUUGUUCAAAGAGAUACCAUUGGAAAGGUCGUGCGAGCAAGCAGAUAUUGCCGCACAUUGGUGCGCAUGUUUGGCAUCCAAAAAAGUCAAUCUGAAAGAGGACAUUUACGCGUCCACAGCCCUGUCUGUCGCUAUGGAUACUAUAAACAACUUGACUUCACAGUACCGCGACAUUUGCGAGAAUCUCUCUGUUUUUCAGGUCAAGGACGCGAUCAAGAUGGAGACGCGGAAAGACGUCCUCCGAUUUUCCAACACGGACAGCGUAGGGGGAAUUUAUAACAUUACUUUCAAAGCCAAAAACCAGAACCUCAUGAGCCUGUACCAACUAACCUUCUCCACCGUACCGGGGAUGGCUCUGUACGAGGUGACCGUGGUCCACGACAUCCUGCGGAACCAUUUCUUCCUGAGCGAGAAGGAGAUAAGUCGGAUCAACAAGUACGGAGACACGUCGUCCUGUAUACUGAACAAAAACAGACAACUCAGGCAGUACUGUUACUGCUCUAAACAAACCUCGUCCUGGGGCAUCAAUCUGUUUUAAAACGUUUGUCGUUCAUCAGAAGCCGUCUGCAUUAUUAGAGAUGGCAAUGUGUACAAUCCGACCUGCGAUUCAGUUGUGUGUCUUUUACAACACGCUAUUUUAAGUAGUAUUAUCAAUCAUGGUACACUGUGAUUUGAAGCUGACAACAAAAGCGUUGAUGUGUAAAUACAUAGACAGUCAAUGUGUUACUGUUAGUAAAUCUGCUAACGUUUAUACUGUUUUCUCCUGUUAAGCUUGUCUCCCAUUUAAAAAAAAAAAGAAGUUACAAACCACUCUACCUCACGAAACUGCGUGCAGAGGCUACUGUCUCAUAGCUGGUUGGCUACAACAUUAAUUGUUAUAAACAGUCAGAUGCUACCUUCAAGAAUACAAAGAGGCAUUUUAAUAAGAUUUUUUUUUUAUUGUUUCUAAUGAAAAAAAAAGUCUACGUUAUAUUUUUUUUAGUAAUACUAAUUUGGAAUAAUUCUUCAAAUACUAGACAUAUCAACAACAAAAUGAAACAUGUAGAUUUGUAUUCAGUUGCUAUAGUAAACCAAAAAGAAACCGGAAAUACAAAUCUAGCUGACUCAGGCCCAGUCUGCUAAUACCUUGAAAGUACUGUUCAGAUGUAAAACUUUUUGUGAGCAUGUAGUUGUGCAUGGUUUCAUUUCGAGAACCAUUUCAAUGAAAUGUUUGAGCCACCGGUCGUAGUUUUUCUAGUGGAUGGAAUACUGCAAAAUGUUUGUUCUUCGGCGAUAAGCAAUCGUCUUAUUUGUUUUCUGUUUGUUGUACCUACAAAUACGUAUUUAUUCAUAGCAGGUUAUUCCAGAAGAGAACACAAUUCUUGAAUGUGUUUCAACUAUGAAUUCAACGUUUUUUUUUAACUAUGAAAAUAUUUAGAACGUCAAGCCGUUUCGAAGUAUUUUAUUGUAAUUGUAAAAUAUAUAAAACUAGUAAUUCAUUAAGGUACUCGAGUCUAUUACGUAGUACCUUGUGGUGACAUUUAAAACGAUUUCAAAAGCUGGUUUAUGUUAUGGAGUCACAACUAGUCUUACACUAAAUUAUGAAUGAUACAUUUGCAUUAUAUUGACUUAAUACUGGUUACAAUGUAUCCAUUGUUUGUUUUUUUUAUCUUUAUGUAUUUUACCUUAGAAUUUCAAAUCUAAUAGAAUGUUCGCCAAAUUAUUUGGUUUUAGAAGA